AUGACAGAACAUCAACUAGUUCUUUUGAAUGCAAUUGAAAAAGGACAUACUUCAAUUGUACUUAAACUUCUACGAAAUCAUAUUAAUUUAGAUGUGACAGAUAUUUAUGGUAGAACACCACUCAUGAUUGCAGCUAAAUAUGGUCGAACUGAUAUUGUUAAAGUUCUAUUAGAACAUAUGGGAACAACAGGUAUCAAUACAGAUCAUGGUGGAAAGACCGCAUUACAUUAUGCAGCUGAAAGUUCAGAAUUACCAAUCAUUAAAAUAUUAUGUAAACGUCAAACACCAUCGAUGACAAUGGCAACAAUACGAACGAAACUUAUCCCACUUGAUUAUACACUUCGUAAUACUGAUAUUCAUCCAAUAUUGAAUAAAUAUACUGAAGGUGGUGAGAUUAGUGCUGGUGAAAGUGAUGAUGAUGAUGAAGAUGCACCUAUGCCUGGCGUCUACGUCAAAUCGAAGAAGAAGAAAGGUAGUGGCAAGAAAAAAGGUGGCAAAAAAUCAGGAUCAAAGAAGAAAAAGAAGGGUGGAAAAAAGAAGAAAUAA